UGUAGUCUUUUUGAUACUGCAGGACAAGUUUGAUCAUAUUCAUUUGCUGUGUGGUGUUAGCUGGGGUGGCCUUUGCAAUGGCCGCUGUUGUGCUCCUUGUAUGGUGCAAAUCUUUGGAGGACAACAACUUGAAGCGAAAGUCAGCAUCAUUUUUGUUACCCAAUGAACAGCUUUCAGGUGGGGGAAGCAGUGCAGCUAGUGACCAUGUUGCCAUGACAACACAGUUAUCCACCUCUGGUAUUUCUACUAUGACUCAAGGUAGAACGGAUGUUCAAUUUGUAGAGCCUUUCACCCCAGAAAGUAAACCUGUCGUCGCCACUAGUACUACACCCACCACAAAUGGACAUCAGAGACAUUUCCAGACAAUGACCCCUCAACCUACUAGAAUUCAAUCAGCUUCACCAAAUCUAUAUGCACCUAGGAGGCCAGCACCAAAAACUCCAAAUGGUGUGAAUGGUGCUGCUGGUGCAAAACCUCUGUCUGCUAAACUUCAGGCAGAAGACACAUCACCCGAGAGCUUAGAUCUUCUAUUUACAGAGAUAUCGGGAAAUCUGGUGCAUCAGCAGAAUCUCGCAGCCAUUGCAUCACUCCUGGACCAGGAAGAGGAACAACCUGCACCAGUUGAUGAUGCCUCCUCAUAUAUGAUCACAAAACAGCGGACAACGUUAUGAUUAUGUUUUAAUGUGCGUGUGAGUGGGUGCGUUUUCAUCAUUACCUUCAUGGCAUUCAAUGAAGAUUUAUAUAACAUUUUAUAUAACACAUUUCAUUUAAUAUUAUGUGAAUAGAAUUUGGUGAACAUACAUUAUAUAACAGUAUUACAUAAAGUUAUAUAAUGUACUAGGAAGAUUUCGUUGUAUUAUAUAAAUGUAUUAUGUGUUGCAUAAUAUAUUUACAAGAUUUGCUAAUCAUUUAGCAUUACACUCAUCAUUUUUAUGAUUAUCCUAAAAAAUAUAGUGUAUAACAAUUAUAUUAUAUUAUAUAAGUAGGCCUAUGUGGUAAGCCCCUCUACUGGAUCUGCCCAUCUAAUCAAUCAUAGUUCAACUUCAUUUGAAUAAGAUUCAUGAUCGUUAAAGCUGAGCACUCACUGCGGCCCGAUGGUCGUCAGCCGCCACGAUUCCAGGGAGAACAGAGCUCGACAAUGGGCGUGCAACGAUUCAUUUUUAAUGACGGUUCGUUCAGUCAGCCAUUGACAAUCAGUCGAGGGCGUCUCUGCGUCUAGCGUUUACAGGGAGCAGAUUUUGAUUCGUCGGCCGAUCGUCGCUAUGACUUGUAAGACGCAGUGUUUGCCCUGCUUAAGAUACCAGUAAUCCCUAUUACAUUGCAUUUUUAUACUACUGUAUAUGUUUUCCCCUUCUGGAAGUUGUGAAAAGUUUUUGCUGUUAGUUUGGUGUAAAGAUUAAUACAGUUCUCCCUCCAAGGAAAGACUCCUCUAAUGUAGAACCACCUCCAAUUAAAGACCACUUUUCUGUGGUCCCAAAUUAACAAAUUUCUUUUAUCUUUAUUAUUCUAAUUAGAGACCAAAGCUGCUAAAGACUAUGGAAACCCCAGUCCCAAAAGUGGUCUUUAAUUGGAGGGAGACCUGUAAUGUAAAUAAAUAAAUUUAAAUUAUCAAUCAUUUAACAGUGCUUGAGUUUGUAUUGACGGAUGCUAGGUCAUUUGGUUAACUUUGGUUAACAACCUGCUACAUUGGCAAACAGUACUUUGCUAAGCCAUAAUCAAGAUUAAAGAGAAUUGUAACAUCAAACAUGUUUAAUUCCCAUAUCUUUCUCUUUUUUUGUUUUUUUUAUUUCAUUUUAUGUUCAUUCCUUACCCCAUAUUAUUUAUAUUUUUAUAUUGUAAAUAUUUAUUAUUUAAAAAAUAUUUCAAGAAGGGAACUCUUGCAGAAGUAGUAAUGCAGCAACUUUGUUUCUAGGACUAAAGACCUUAUAGUAAGUUUGGACAUGACAAACCCAGAGGCAGAUCAAAAAGAAAGGGUAUGGGGCCCGUUCUGACUCCAACAAAUUCAGCAGUGAAAAAAUUGCCUUUUAGGCCAAUAAACUUAUAAGUAUUAUAAAAACCAAAUAACUGAUUUUGUAAAAUACUUUUAAAUAUCAUUUGUGGCUAUUUUUGCAUAUUUAAAAACUGUUUUCCAAAGCAUAUGAGUUUAUUACGUUUAUAAGAUCAGCGAAUUGUUUCAUUUUAUAUAUUACCUAUAGUUUUUAUAAGCUGUAGUUUUUAUCAGAUUUUCUAUGUCAUACACCGUCCUUUUGUAGAUCCCUCAAAACAGCCAUUGUAAUUUUUUAAAGUGCAUCCAUUUAACUGUAUUCACAGUGGUUGUCACCGUUGUAUAUUUUGUUAGUAUUUAAAGAUUGUCUACUUAAUGUACUCCGUCCUUUUUAAAAUAUUGGUAAUACUUGUUAUAUAACCUAUAUUUUGUUAGUAUUUAAAGCUUUUCUAUGUCAAUCUCUCAUAUUUACAUUUUUGGAUGCAACCAUGUGAAGAUGUAUCAUUUUAUAAUAGAAUAACUGUAUUUUUAAUCUUGUAGUUUUUGUCAAUGCAUUUUCUAUUUCAUACGUCAUCCUUUUUUAGAACAUUCAAGACAAUCAUAAUAACGUUAAAAGUGUAUUUUACUAACUGGUUUGUGAACACACUUUAUGUUAGCAAUAUUUGUUAUAACAAAGUAUUUUACUUUCACUAAAUAAAUUCCAUCCUUUUUUAGUUUAAUGCAGUCAUCUAAACAAAUAUUUGUACCCUAUUUAUUGGACACGCAUCUCUAAGUUGGUAAUACACCUACCUCUAUAGAAAAUAACAGUAUAUUUUGAUAGCAUUUAAAGAUUCUCUUUAAAUGCUAUCAAAAUGCUUACACUCUGUCUUAAUUAUUCCUUUUUUAUAUCUGUAAUUUGUAAUACAUAGAAAUUUUAAAUAUCAUUUCAGUAUUUUUUUAGGUUGUACUUAAAAAUAACAUUGUCCAUCCUAUGAUGGUAGCAUUUAAAGAUUCUCUGUCUUAUUUAUUCCUUUUUUAUGUCUGUAAUUUGUAAUACAUAGAAACCUUGAAUAUCAUUUCAGUAAUUUUUUAAAAUUUGUACUUAUUAACAUUGUCCGUCCUUUGAUAAUUCAUCUGCAAUGUUGUGAAAAUAAUUCAUUUAUAAAAAAGUAUGAUAUUGAAAAUAAUAUAUAAAGAAACGUAUCAAUACUCAAAAAGUAUUGUUUGUAUUUUCAGUAUUUUUUUAGUUCUUUUCCUGCCCAAAAUUUCUGUGAGUACUGGUUUUGAUUCUUAAUUUCUAUUAAAUUAUCGGUAAUAGCUACAAAAAAAAAUGGUAUAUUGAAGAAGAUAUUAUGUACAUUGGUAUGAGAUAUACCACAAUGUGAUUUCUCUUGUUAUUGUUUUACAUCACUUUUGUAUGUAGCUUUUUAGUAUAAAUAAUUUAUAUUGCUAUUUUUGCAGGAUAAUAAAAAGAACUAGAAUUAAUUAAUAAUUUUCAAAAGCAUCAUCUGUAAAAACACUGUAAAGUCAGAUGUAUACACCUUAUGGUUAAAAAAUGAAACAUAUCAAGCAAAAGGUCAUUCUAUCAGCAUUUUUGAACUGGAACAACUUACUAUUAACCUAACUCUGAACUUUGAGAUUUUCAGCCAAAUUACUGUGUUUUAUAAAUACUCCCACAUAGAUAUAGUUCUCAUUAAUGAUUUUCUUACAUUUUUUAUUUUCCAUCUUCAAAUUAUGUUCAACUAUUGUAUUUUUAUGUUAUUUGUUAUGCGAUUUAUUCUGGACCAGUGGCUUUUCCAUUAAUUUGCUAUUUAGAAUAAACUUUAAAUAUUGAACGAAAGUUCAGAUUGAAAUAUGAAUGAAAAGGUAUAUAAUUAAGAAGAAUGUUGGAUUAAUUUCUAUAAUUCAUUAUAAUAAUACAACGUUUAAAUUGUUAGUGCAACUUAAAAAAUUUUAAUUUAAUAAUUUUGGAAAAAAAACCACUUAAAUAAAAUAAAAUGAAAUAGAGUUGAACUGAAUUGUAUAUAUUUCUUGCUUUUAAGAUAUAAUGCUAUAGAUGAAUACCAACAUUAAUGACCAAAUAUAUAUAUAUAUAUAUUUAUUUAUGUAACUAUAUAAUAUAUGUAUAGUUUAUGUAACUAUACAAAUAUAAAAUUUUGCAUGGUGCCUUACACUUAUGCGCAAUUUUUUUCUAUAGAUCAAAUCAUAUUUCCAAUAUUUAUGUUUGUGCUACCUUGUCUGAAAAAAAAUUGUAUCUUUGAUAAACACCUUGUUGAUAAAUUGUCUUUCUUGUAAACAGUACUUAACAUUCACCUUAUUGGUACAAAUUGCAUAGGCAAUCAAUAUAUAUUUCUUAAAGGGUUCAUAAUUGUAUUCUUUUAUGCAGUCAUAACAUGGAUACUUAACCUCUAGUAAUAGAGAUGAUAGAUUUUUUUUUUACAAUUGAAGGUUGGUUUUUUUCUUCAUCUUUUGGUAAACAGAAAGACACAAGCAAUAGAUAAUGUAAUAUUAAACUAUCAAAUGUUAUUUACUACUUAAAAGCAGAAAUUAUAUUUCUGUUUGUUUUGCUUUGGAAGCUUUUAUAUUUGUUAUCUGCAUCUAUUUUUAAGAUUGGUGUGUUGUUUGUUGAACUUUUCUUGAUGUUUUGUGCAAUGGUAUACUGUAUAUUUGUAUCAGCUGCUUACAUGGGAAUGAAUAUACAGUACUUGCUAAUAACUGAAUAAAACUGCAAGAUUUAGUACCUA